UCGUUUUUUUCAUUUGGAUUCUACUCGCGCGUAUUCUCAAUUCCGCCCCAACCUCUCUCCCUCUUCCCCAAUCCUCUUCGUUCACGGCGGCCCGCACCACGGCGAUACUCCACCAAUUCCCGGCCGCCCGCAGCGAUUACCGGUGAGCAAAAUAGUCCGAAAAGUUCCUAGAACAGUACAACUACUUCUUUGACCGGAUUCAAUAGUUAAAGUUUAAAUUUUUAGUCAUUCAUCGAGUGUUUUCUUCAACUUUGUUACGUGUAUUCAAGUGUACGAGGAACCUCGAGAAAAUAGAUUUGUUGAUUCAUUCUGGAUCCCACCCAACCCGGUUCAGCAAAUGCGAUCCCAGUACUCCCAACUGGAUUACUGAACCUUGGAAUGCUUUAAAGAAACAAAAUUUCCUAAUUUUCUGUGUCCUCAAAACCUGGAAGCAUUUUUGGCUUCUAAAGGUAUUAUUCAUCAACGUUCAUGUACCACUAUUCCCCAACAGAAUGGAGUAGUAGAACGCAAAAAUCGUCAUCUCCUAGAUGUGCCAGUUGUGUAGUUGGAGGUGAAGAGUCUGCUUAAUUUAGGAAUUAAAGAGAUGAGCAGAGAUGCUUAACAGAUUUUCUAGACGUUGGUUCUGCAGUGCUUCUCCAUCGCCAUGGCUUUUCGUGGGCUUGGGCAACCCUGGUGAUAAAUACAAAGGAACAAGACAUAAUGUGGGUUUUGAGAUGAUUGAUGCAUUUGCUGAAUCUCAAGGGAUCCCAUUGAAUACAGCUCAUUGUAAAGCUAUAUUUGGACAAGGAUUUGUUGGUGAUGUUCCUGUUUUCCUUGCAAAGCCCCAGACUUAUAUGAAUUUGAGUGGUGAAUCUACUGGACCACUUGCUGCUUACUAUAAGUUACCGCUUAAUCGUGUGGUUGUGUUUCAUGAUGACAUGGACUUGCCAUGUGGCGUGCUCCGUCUCCACCACAAAGGAGGUCAUAGAAGGCAUAAUGGGCUGAAGAGUGUGAUCCAUCAUUUUCGAGGGAAUAGAGAGUUUGCUCGACUGAGGAUUGGUAUUGGGAGGCCGCCUGGUCAAAUGGAUCCAAAAGCAUUCUUGCUUCAAAAAUUCAAUGCGAUGGCUCAAGAAAGAAUUGAUGUCGCUUUAAAAGAAGGGGUCGGCGUAUUGAAGCUCCUUAUUUCCAGAGGCUUGACAGAAAGUGCAAGAUGCUUCAACAAGGAGCAAAAGUACAAGCACAUAAGAUUGCAGACAAUGCCAACAUGAACAGCCAAUGUUUCAAGCUACACUUAAGAUUGGUGAGUCCUGACGAGUUCUGCUAGAAUUUGCUGGAUUGUAGUGUGGUUUUCCUCGAGCAGUCUCGCAAUGAGAUGACUAUCCGCUAACAAAGUGAAUCGAUAUUCCAACACUACUUUAUUUCAAUUGGUGGUGAGAUUGCUCUAUCAAGCAAUGAUGAAUGCCUGUAUGUAUAUGCACUUAGACAGGCCCUGUUUUGAAACUUGAAGAACAUGAUGUAAUGGAAAGGAAAAUAUGAACCUUUCAAUUAUCAAGGAAAACGAGAAAAAUUCAAAUAUAUGAUGAUGCAAAAUUCUUGAUCCAA